UUAGCUACAGUAGCUGAGCCACUGUACAAUAAAAAAGAGAAUAAAUAAACACAUAAUGGCUGUUAAUGUACGUAAACUACACACAUGGAUGGACUUUCCAAUCGUAUAAGUUAUGUUUUUUUUCUAUCUCAUUAGUUCUAGCCAAUGUGUAUGAUUUUUCUCAAUGCUCUUGUCUCAAUGUGAGUUGCAUGGUCAUUUAGAAUUAGCACUUACUGGUCAUGACCAGGAGGGGGUGAUAUUGACUGAGAAACAUAACGGGUGAUAAAAGGGUGAGCUGGAGGCUAUGAAACAACUGAAAUUGUGGUCAUAAGUUUGACAAUGGUUUAUUUGUUUUGUCUCAUAAGGUGUGAGGCCACGAGAGGGAGACACCUCUUAGCCCAAAAGAUUGGGAUUUUUAUACACAUCCAUAGCCAAUUUAUAGUUAUAAAAAGCAGCAUAUGCUUUGUUUUACUAAGAAUAAGAGCUUGGCAUUAUCUGUAAUUUUUUGCUUUGACUUCAUUAGUGUUUUGUGAUUCAGGAGCAGAGUGCUGGGGAGUUAAGUUAAAACUAUUCUGCGAAAGGAUGCUCAGGGUUUGCUGACGGUGACCAAAAGAUGAGCACAGGCCUUAGUUUGGACAACAACUGCUUGACCAAACAGAUCGACUCGCUUAUUGUGGAAAAUCAACAACUGAAGGCUGCAUUGAGACAAGCAGAGCUCAGACUAAGCACAAUAGAGAGAGAGCGGGCCUGUCAGCAGGUCUCUCUCUCAGAGAAGAUCUGUACCGUUCAUGAGCUCACAGCAGCCAAACAGCAAAUGAGAGCCGUGCUUGCGGCGCGGCAUACGCAGGUUAUUCGACCGAAAGGUCUUAAGUUUUCGCUUGGGAUGCAGAGACAGAUCACUGCUAAAAGGGAGCAGAUUGAUUUCCUGCAGGUCCAGAUUCAGCAGCUGGAGGAGACUGUAGAAAAGCUCAAGCUGGACAAGCAUCAGCAGGCAUUAGAGGUUCAGAGGCAGACACAAGAGUUGAUGUCAGAGAGUGAGAUCAGAAGAACACUGGAGGCUGAAGUGAAGGCAUCUUAUUCACAAGAACGAGGGCUGAAAAGAAGGGCAGAGAGACUGGAGGCAGCGUUAUACAAGAUGUCAGGCAGUUUUGCUGAAUGCCAAGAUUUUAUUCAAGAGCAAGAACAGGAGAUCAUGAGGAGCUGCAAAGCCAGAACCGUCGUAAUGUCUCCAGAUCUCCAGCCAGUCUCCAUCAGCGCCAUGUUAAUGGCCUAAUGGAAGCAAGAAAACAAUCCUGUUUCCACCCACACACUGAAUUGACAGGAUGUGCUGGAAUGGAUUUUCCUCUGGAAUCUCUCCAGCUCAGAGUCCAUGACCCCAUUGUGGAGCUGAAGAGUUUUGCAAGACAGCAGGGUGGUGGGGCUGAUGAAGAACAUGGACCACACACUGACAAGGGCUUAGGGAAAUCAGAGGAAGACCUCAAAUCUAACCCUGAGCCGAGCUCCCUCAGAAACGCUAAACCUGAUCAGCAGAAUCCCAGCAGCAGUUUAUCAAAACACUUUAACAAAUUAGAUUUUGGAGUAGGCCACAUGUUCUGUGGACGCAGGUCUCCUGUGCAUGCUCUCCUCACCUCUGAUCCAUGAAGGAGUAGGCUGGACAAAGAGCUCCCCACCAAAAAAACACACUUUCAGAAAAUGAAAACUGGAGAAAAGGGACAAAAUAACAGAAGAUGCUCUGGAUUUUUUCAAACCUCAAAUACUGCAAGAAAACACAUUCAGAUUGACUUUCAAGCAAUACAACAGUAAUAUUUCUACAUGUAUUUAAGGAAAGUAAAAAAUAUAUUUUAUUUUUGAUAACUUGGAUUUUUAUGACAGAUUACAUGUCUAUUCAUGCUGUCGGUCUUUCACAUUUCUGUUGGAUGACUGUGUCACUCCUGAGGUUUGAUUUGUUGAAAUUCAACAGACACUGGGCUGAAAUGACCACAAUACAUCUAGAAAUAUUGAUUGAAUAAAAAAUUUGUCUCUUAAUUUUUUCUGCGGCUGUAUUUAAAUAUAAAACUAUUUUACUAUACAAAUUUAUGAAGCGUUACCCUGGGCAUUUCCAAUCUCUUGUUGAUAAUGUGCUGUCGGAACGCUUGAAUGGCAUACCUUUCCUUUAGCUCCUUGUCCUUGAAACAAAACAAGAAUGACGGGAAUAUAAUACGACAUCUGUCACAUUAUUUGCUCUUUUUAUAACCAGUGUUCUAGGCUGUUGCUGGGUGGGGUUAUACUUCACGGUCAUUAGUCCCAUGGAUGGCCAUAUGUAUUAAGAUCUGCUUGUAGUU